GAGGAGGAGGUCGGCAGCUGCCAGAGGGAGCCCCCCACCAAACGGGUGAAGUCAGAGGACCUCGGUCAGGACGGGGAAAGCCGAGAGGAUGGUGGAGCAGCAGAAAAGGAGCCCGUGGAGCGGAAGCGGGCCCGGGGGCAGAAGAAGAGCAGGCCGUGUAUGAAGCCCAAGCGCUACGAGCAGAGCAGGCUGUGCCCGUGGGUAACGCAGCUGGAAAUCCAAGGCAAGCUCUACUUGGCUCCGCUGACCAUGGGCGGUAACCUCCCUUUCCGAAGGCUAUGCGAGCGCUUUGGGGCAGACGUCACCCGUGGAGAGACGGCUGCGUGCACAAACCUGCUUCAGGGCCAGUCCUCCCAGUGGGCUCUCCUCAAACGGCAUCACGCCGAAGUGGACAGCCCAAGAGCCCUUUGAGCUCUCCUGCACAGCAGCGGCUGCACGACAGGAUCUCCUCUUGAGUGGGGACGCUCACUUAAGGUUCUUCUCCUCGAGGCCGAGAGAUUCCUUGCCGCAACAGAUUCUCGGUAAGUGACUAAUAGCAUGCUAAACUUUGAAAUCUUAGCUAAGGGAUCUAAGGAUUGAUUGCGCAUAUAGAAUCCUUUAGAGAUAAACCGUUGACCAAGUCUGGGACUAGGAUUGGAUCCAGCCGCAGCCAGACUCCUCUCUGAGAAGGAGUUUAGAAAGCCAGGGGGUCCUUUCUGAACCUCGGGACUCAACGGGAGGGUCUCCCUGAGAGCUUGUCUGACCCCGGCCUCUAUGCAGUAAAUAAUCAAGUGUGCCCUGGCAUCGAAUCUCGUAAAACACUGUCGCAUUCACUGCUAACUUUGUUAAAUCACUGUUUUAUGUUAAUAAACAUUUCCCUACUCUCUUACAAGUGAAGUUAUUCACUGGGCUCGGCCCUCGACACCUGGCCUAGUCGGCAGGAUGUCAGGAGUUAUCACUGAUUAUUUAGGGAGGCACGGAGUGAAGCCGAGCCCCAAAUUCUCAGAGGAAUGGGCUGGUGAUAAUUGGUCCAAUUGGGAAGUCGUUGAAGAGUACUUGAAAGCCAUUAGGGGCCCUACAAAGGAUGGAAAAGAUAAGGGAGUCGUCUGUAAAAUGUUAGGCACUUGUUUAGAAGCCGCGUACCAAGACAGGGAGAAUAGAAAUAGGAGAGAGCAGGAAUUAGAGAAGGAAAUAGAGAGCAGGAAGGCAGCUGAGUUACUGAUACCUUUUAAAAAUGAACAGCUGCAAAAACGAUUGCAGGAAGAGAAGGAGAAAAGGUGGAAAUGGGGAGAAAAGGUCGAAAUGAUGCUUAUGCAGGCUCCCCACCCCCCUGACACUGUACAGAUUAGGAAACUGAUAGUAUCCCCUGAAGAUUGGGACGGAAUCAUUUGGGAGGAUCCCGAUGAUAGCGAGUCAGAAGAAGACGUUCCUUUUUUCCCCACAAAUCCUCCCGAAUAUGAAGCCAGACCCAUUGUUAAAACAGAAGGAACUGCGGGACCUCGGGGUGCUAAUCCACGGCAUACCACGCGAACCAGUCCCUGGGGUCCGCUGCAAGGGACAAAUUUGCAAGAGAGAUAUAGCAGAAACCCCGCUGACACUGAAACUGAAUGCUUGUGGCGAGUAUGCUUAACUGGCGGUGACCGAAUCCUGUUAAGCCGCUGUGAAAAAUAGUGAAGGUAUUGUUGGCUUUCGCCGUAAUAACAAGGCUAUAAAUCUUUGACUUAUAAGGAUAACUAACCUUUAGUAAAUUAGGAAACAUGAGAAACCUCAAAGAUAACAACUAACAGCAACUGUGGAGAAAAACAGCAUGAAGAAACACAUCCAAGAGAAACAAAAGAGAACUUCUCCAAAAGACUCCACAAGUGAUUAACAGAAGGAAACAGAUGCAGAGGAGAAGGGAGCUGAUGAUAAUCGAUCCUACCAGAAGGAAACACAUGCAUGGGAAAAGGGAGCUGAUCCUACCAGAAGGAAACAGCUGCAUGGGAAAGGGGAACUGAAGAUCAUGGAUCCUCAGAAACAAUUCAGAAGGAAACACACACAUAGAAGAGGAAAAGGACUAAUAAUAAUCAAUCCUUAUCAACAAUUACUCUGUCUAAAAGAGGGAAUAUGUAUGCAAUAUUGAAUGUAUAUAAGACACGGCUGAAGUGUUAGCUGGUGUGCUUCUGACUUGAGUCACGCACCCAGCGCUGUGCUUUUGCU